UGCAUUAGCUAAGUUGCUGUGGGUGAGCCGUCCAGCCCAGCUGGGCAGCCGGGAUGGCCUUUGGUUCUAGGAUCCUGAAGAUUCUUCUUUUCUUAAAUUUUGGUGGAGUUCAGGUGUUGGCAACAGGAAAAUCGACUGGUGUGGAAAUAGAUAUCAAAUACGCCGUCAUUGGAACUAUACUGGGAAUUAUUAUCUCUGUUGGUUUUCUAGCACUGAAGAUCUGUAUGAUCAGAAAACAUAUGUUUGACAAUGAUUCCUCAGAUGCAACCAGCCGAAGAAAGAGCAACGUAAGAUCCAACUUGAAUUCUUCUGACAGAGAUGGUCAAGUGAUUAAACUCUAACCAGCAGCUGUUUUCUGAUGGUGUGUGAUUGGCUUGGACAAGACAUGCUACUACUGUUCCCAUGGUGCCUGUGAAUCAGUUCAGAAGUUUACCGUUCAAGGCUGUUAAUUCACCAGGGAUCUAAGACAACAUGUUUACUGACAAAGACAAAUGAGUAGAGGAAGAGAUUUCUAAGUGCAUUUGCUCUUUACCAAAAAAAAAAAAUUAUAAUAAAGAGGAAGUACUUUCCUUCCUGGAGGAGGAGGAGGAUGGCUCAUUGUUAGUAGGGUGAGAGGUUGAGUUGUUCUGUUAUUCAUAGGGAUGGAUUUGCACUGACCUGUGCACAAAAUAUUCCACAGUUUCUUUUAUAACCAACAGCUUGCAUUUGCAAGAUGGAUCAUGGGACUAUGGUCUAUUGCUAUUACCAACUCACUCAAGUAUCAAGUCUGCAAGCUUGGCCUCAUCAGCACUAUGGCAUCCCCAUCUGCCUCAUCAACGACCUUCCUCGUUACUGCAGCCUUCAGGACACUGUACAUAUAUCUCAUAGAACCCCAGGAUGAUUGGCCUCGCACAGCAAGGGACUUCUGAGGCCAUGUAGUCUAACCUCCUCAAUUUACAGAUGAGGAAACUGAGGCCCAGAGAAGUUAAUGGACUUCCCUAAGUUCACACAGGUUGUAUUAGUGAUGGGGUUUGAAUCCAGGUCCACUGAAUCCAGAGUUAUUACUCUUUUUAUUGUACAGCAUCUUUGGCUUCUCCCAAUGAUGUUGUACUUGUCACAAAAUCCCAGAGAUAUAAGUAGAGUGAGAUACACUGGGACUUUGCCUCAGGGAAAUAUAUUUAGAGGCACUGCUGUACCCUGCAGUCCUUCAGCCUUAUUGACACGACAGAGCUUAGCACUUAAGCUAGUAAGAUUAAUUAUCUUAACUAUCAGAAGUGAGAGAGAGAAGGGUGGAGUAAGCUUCUUCUCUGUCUAGUUCCUGUCCCCACUCCCUCAUGCGUCUACUACAGCCUUGACUUCAGAGUUUCCAUCACUCUUCUUUUUCCCAUUCAUCUGAAGCCUUGCUUCACAAAACUCAUCCAAGGAAUAGUUUGUGGAAUGUGUCCUCACUUCAAAUACUCCUAAUUCCAGCCUUGAUCCAGCCUCCUGGAUACCUGUAUAAUAUGUCUGCGUUUCAGGCACGUUCAGAGUUCUUAACUCUGAAGAACAUGGAGCCUGAGACAGAAUGGAAAGUAGUUGGCAUUGAACUUAAAAGCUUUAUUAUUUUAAGGAAAAAAAAGAGAGAAAUAGAGAAAGAUGGCCAGGACCUUAGAAGAGGGGUAAACUUUUAGCCAAAAAGUAUUGAGUAAAUAAAUGGAAGGGGAAUGUAGUAUGCCAGAAUUAGAAUUGAAGAGGACACAAUAAAUUAAUUAGUCCAACCUGCUCAUUGUACAGAUGAGGAAAGUGGGCCCAAGAGAGGAGAAAUGAUUUGCCCAUGGUGACACAGGAGAAUCAUAGAAUUGUAGAUAGAGAUGGAAUGGACUUUAGAGGCAAUCUAGUCCAGCAGCAAGGCCAGGACUCAGACCCAGGUCUACAGACUCCAAAUCCAAUAUCCUUUCCACCACCCUGUGACCUGGCAAUGAUAGGAUAAGGAUAUCAUGAGAAUCUUUUUAAUCUUAUUUCAAAAAUGACAGAAGACACCGUAUCAGAAUGCAUGGGCUUGUUUCAGGUGUGGCAUGUGGGGGUGGGAAGAGCUUGAAGAACCAGUCCAAAUCAAAGGUUAUUGACCAUUUGCCCAUGGUCUUCUCAUCGCAAAAUAUCUCAUGCCAGGCUUUCUUUUCUCUUCUCAUUACAUUAAACCCUGGUGUUUUCAGAACAACCUACAAAUCUUUUGUAAAAGCAAUGCUUGCUAUACCAGCCUGAGAAAUCGGGAGAUGUUAGCACCGAUGAAGCUGUCCUCCAUGGGGCGUUCCUGCCUGUCUGAGUCUAUGUUCUCCUCAUGCAGGAUGAAAGAUGAGCUGUAUUUGAAAGCAAAGUGUUGUAUGAUAAUAAUUCGUAGGGAUUCCCAGGGUGUCUUUUAUCUGACUUGAUAACGACGUAGUUAGGCAGCAGCCUUUGUUAACGCAUCACCUAAAGCGGUAAUGUGAUACUUAUAAGUAAUUUUCUCUGUGUAAGAUAGAAUAAACUAUCUUGUAAGAUAUCUGUUAAUUGAUUUGCUUCCUAUAGCAGCAUUUUAAUUAAGAUCUCUGGUUUGUGAGCAAGAGACACACACUUAUGAAGGAGGUCACAUGUUUACUUAUUCUUAGAAAAUGGAUUUAAAAAAAAAUCUAUACACAUCAGAAACUGUCAAGUAGCUUAGUUUCAGCAUAGGCCAAGAGAAAAAUUCCCCAGGCUCCAUUUAUCCAAAGACUUUGUUCUCAGUGGGGAAGGGCAAAGGACUUUCCUCUCUUAUGUAGUUUUUCCUUUUGGAGUUGAGAUAGGAGAAUGAUGUUUCAAAAGAUGACACAGUCAAGUGGAAGCUAAAUCAGUGAAUGUGGACUGUGUAAAAAAAUUUUUUUGAACUGAAUUUGUGAUUUUAUUGGUACAAAAACCUCCCAAACAGGAACUCUCUGCUGAUCCAGAUUUGGUAUUUAAUCUGCUGCCUUUUGUCUUAAAAAUUACCUAGAGGUGGUACAUUGACUGGAGUCACACAGCUAAAAUAUAUCAGAGGCUUGGACAUGAACCCAGGACUUUCUGGCUCCAGACCAGCGUUCUAUCCACCGUGCUUCCUUUUCAGUACCCUCUGGUAUGGCUUACAGGGUUUCCUCUAUAACUACUUCCAAGCCUAGAACUUGAAGUCCUCUCCUGCUGAAUGGCUUACUUUCCAGUUAAAUGCAAAAUGUCCCAAAAGUCUUAGUGCAGUUUUAAGUUUUAAAGACAAUCCCAGCCAUCUUUCUCUUGUCUCUCUUGCUCAACACAAAGAGGGGCUGCAGAAGUCUGGCAGAAGAGGUGGAAGAUUCAGUUUUAAAGAAGCUUAAAAUCACACAAAGAUAUUUAGUGUAUAGGCCCAAGGAGUGCGGCUAAUUCUAUUAACCAAUCACAAAAUGUUUCUUAUCAGUCGUCUUCACCAAAAGGCCAAGACCCUAUAAUAUCCUUAAAUUGAUUAAGGAAUUUAUUCACACAUUGCUUCAGGGUUGUUGGAAAACUUAACAACUCUGUUACACUGAAAUGAUCAGAAUGAUUAUCUUUUUUUAGAAAUUCUUCCUAUUUAUAAUUAAUUGGCUUUGUUCUGUAACUGCCUAAGUCACGCUUCCUUGUCUCUGAACUCAGUUCAGAAAUGUAGCUGGUCUGUAAUGAGUUAAGUCUGCAAGUUCAGUUCUCCUGCUAAUCACUGUUUUCUUGGCUCAAGAAAAUCUGUUAUCCUUGGGGGAUGCAGGUGGACACCAGGGACUCUGGUCCACUAUCUUUAACCUUGCAGAUGGACUCAAAAAACAAACAUUUCUUACUGGGGGGUGAGAGGAGGCGGAGGUCAUUGCUAGCCUUCAUUCCCAAUUUCCAACUAAUAAUAUUGUUCCCCGUGUCUCAUCUUUGUAACCAAUCAUGUUGAUUGGUAUUUAGCUCUUAUGACCAAUUGCAACAUGUCCCCACCUAGGAAAUUCUGUUCUUUGUUCUGUACUGCCCUAAACUAUAAAUAAAGCUGCUCCCCUCAUUUGUACUCUUAGUUUUGCUUGGGAAGCUUGGAUCCUACUUAUUGGUAAAUUCAUACUUUAACUAAUAAAUUGAUUAUGCUCAGAA